AUGCGGUCAGUUCUUUGUGUAGCUGCUGCGCUGUGCUGGCUGCUGUCGCACUGGGCCGCGCUGACGUCGGGGGCGGUGGUGGUACCGCGAAGCCCGGUGUGGGACAUCGUCCCUACAUGGAACGCGCCGCCGCUGGUCUACCCCAACCAACCGGUUCCCGACGCUCCGCUGCUGGGCAACGGGGGCAAGCUCGGGGUGGUGGUCGGCAGCCGUCCGCUGGGCGACCAGCUGACCUUCUACCUGGCCAAGAACGACUUCUGGGCGGCCCCGAUCUCUGGCUUCUCCCACCUGGGCUACGGCGACGGAGGCCUCCGCCAGGUCGGCGGACUGCGCGUCACCAUUCCCGCCUUCGACUCCGACCUCUCUCGGCAGGGCGCCCAUGAGCAAGCCACCGCCUCCUCCUCCCUUCCCGGCACUACUCCCUUCACCGCGUACCAGUUCAUGGGCAACGCCUCGGUCAAGGUCAUCCAGCGCUACGACUGGACCGUCACCUCGGAAUCCUUCGUGGCGCCCGACGUCAACCUCAUGGUCACCUCCCUGGACUUUGUGAGGCCUGCACCAACCAAGCUGGCCGCCGCCGCCGCCGCCGUGGUCAAUGUGACCGUGUGGCUUCCGGCCGGCGGGCAGCUGCCCACUUCCACAGGCUACGUGCUGGCCGACGGUCGCACCUUCUCUCUCAGGCCCGGCCAAGGCCGCCCACACGCCGCCGACGGGAUCCGACUUAACGAGAAGCAGGCGGCCCAGGUGGAGAGCGUGUUCGUCACGCGGACUAACGGCAGCCCCUACCAGGUGUUGCCCAACGCCAAGCAGCCCAAACCUUUCCUGAACACCGCCGUCAUCGCUUGCCGGCUGAUGUGGGACAAUGGGACCAGCCUUACGCCGGCGGCGGUCGCCAUCAAUCAGGACCAGGUGGAACUCUCCAUCUUGGCACCAACGAAUGGCCAACGCAUCUUCCUGCUCACCUACGUGCUGAGCAACGCUGACGCAAUGGGCCAAAACAUCGACCCGCAGCACGAAGCCACCCUCGCUCUGCACCUCCAGACGCCCAAAACGAUCGAGGCCGCCCUCAACAGCACGCUGGAUCACUGGCUCUUGUAUUGGAAUGCGUCGUCGGUACUGUGGAAUGACGAUCCGCUGACCACCGGCUACUGGUACGGGUCACAGUACAUUUUGGGCCUCAUCUCCCGGAAGGGCGCUGUCGCCCCGGGUCUGUUUGGGUCGUUCAUCACCACGGACGGGUUGCCGUUCGGCGGCGACUUUACGCUGAAUUACAACUUCCAGGCUCCCUACUACGCCGCCGCGUCGUCCAACCGCCUCGAGGUGAUGGCGCCCUUCUUCGACGUCAUCAUCGACUACAUGGCCAAAGGCGAACAGAUGGCUGACGAUUACUUUGGAUGUCCGGGAGUCCACUACCCUGGCCACAUUGGCCCGUGGGGUAUGACGUCGACUGAUGUGGGUGACAUGGGCCAGCGGUCCGACGCUGUGUUUGCAGCCCUCAUAUUCGCGCACCGCUACAUGUACUCUCUCGACGACACCUGGCUCAAGGCUGAGGUGGGCGUACUGCAACGAACGCCGUACGACUUCCUGACGGGCGUGGCUGACUUCUGGUUGUGCUACCUACAGAAGAACGUCACCCAGAAUGGCACCUAUACCUACAAUAGCGUGAACGACUGCACUUUCGAGCUGUGCGGCAGCACGACCAACGGUGUGGCCUAUGACGUCAACCCAACCAGCACCUUGUCCUUCCUGCGCCUCCUGUUCAGCACCCUCGCUACAGCGGAGCAACGUGCGGCGGCGGCGGCCGCCACUCAGUCUUCUGCGGCGGCGGCUGCGGCUGUGAAGCGUGCUCGGCAGUAUCAGGACGUGGCGGACAACUUGGCGCCGUUUGCCACGGGCAUCUCCGGGUCGACGGGGCAAAAGGUGUUCCAGGCGUCGUAUCUGAUAGCUCCGCAACCGCCGGGAGGCAACCCUCUGGACACCUACGCCUUGUGGCCCGCGGGCACCAUCGGCCUGGGCUCCGACCCCGACACGCUCCUCGUGGCCCAGAACACCAUCAAGAGCGUCGACAGCUGGGCGCAGGGCAACGCCUUCCCUCAAAUCUUCCCGGCGGCUGUGCGGGCCGGUUACAAUAGUACUGACCUGCUGGCGCACUGGCGCAAGACCCUGCAGACCUGGUGUCAAACCAACCUUUACUGCAGCGUGUCUCACAGCGGCAUAGAAGGUCUUGGGGCGCUUGGUACUGUGAACGAGAUGUUGAUGCAGAGCCAUGAGGGCUACAUUCGGAUAUUCCCUGGUGUUCCGCUGGGAAGCCGCUAUUUCUUUACCACACUCCGGGCUAUCAAUGCCACACUUGUGUCGGCCUGGGUGGAUGAGAUCGGCUUUGUGCAUGAUAUGGUCGUUACCAGCGAACAGGGAUCGCCCAUCAUCCUCUACCAGCCCUGGGAGAUGCAAAAGGCCAUAGGCGCGCCCUUCUCCCCACCACCGUUGUUCACAUGUAUUUGCUACUAUGGGACACAGGACUGUAAGCAGCUUGCCUGCCCAGGCAACAUCUGCUCCUUCACCAAUCCCGAGAAAGGGCAGACCUACAGCAUCCUUCCAUUUCCCUGA